GCGUCGCCUCUGCGGCGAAAAUCGCUACGAUCGAAUACUUUAGUGUGGCAGUAAAACGGGCGCCUAUGUGUAGAUUGUGAGCGAAUUGUUUAAAACUUUGAUCCUAAAUCUAGUGACUUGUGCUGAUUAUUGACUAAAUGUAAAUAAUUAUAUUUUUUUUUCUCUUCAUUUUUUCGCUUUCGUUACAAUCAUUUUUUCCCCGUAUCAAGUGACUUUUCAAGUGAGUUGAUUUAACAAAAAAUGUGUGCACAUAUUUGAAAUGAAAAGUGUUUAACUGAGCGCAACAAGUGAACCAAGAUCAUUCUGUGACAUGAAUUCGUAUGUGUCAACAAAUGUAAAAUAGAAAGUAAACGCCAUUACGUUUUUUUUCUUGUGUGAUAAUUUAAUUAAUAUGUCAAGAAGAAAAUGUUGCCGAAACUUCUGCAGUAGCAAUUAGUUUGAAUUGAAAUUUGCCGAGUGAUUUGUGAUCGGUAAAUUUUUACAGAUCCCAACAAUUAAUUCAACACUCGAAGGAAUUUUUCACUUCGGUCUAAAAUUGUAUGAAAUUGCUUGUUGAGAACGAAUACUAUCCAAAUCAUACCUAAAUAUAGUUACAUUUUUGACUGAGAGAAAGAUCUUGCUGUUUGUAUAUUAUCGAAUCGUUCGACGUGUGAUAGUUCAGCAAGCAAUCAGAAAAAUUCAUAAUGAGCGGAUUAAGGCGAAGCACCCGUGCAACCACGUCAACAAUCAAUGUUAAAUUGAAUGACAAAAAUGAAAUCGAAUAUUUCAAAGUGGAAGAUGAGAAUGAGGACGAUACUGAUUCAGAGCACAUUGGUGUAGAUAAUGAUGAUAUCGAUGAAGACGAGGACAUGCCAUCUGAGGCAUCAGAAGAGGAGGAGGAGGAGGAGGAGGAGGAGGGAGAAGAAGAGGAGGAAUUGAUCGUUAAUCCAGACGGUACGAUGACCAUCAAAAUGCCAGAGAAAAAGCCAAAACAGAAAAAAGUCCCAUUGCAUCACAUCUGCGCAAAAUGUUCCAAAGUGUUGUCGUCAAGCGCCGCGCUAAAGAGACAUUUAAAUCUCUGUAAAAAUCUUCCAAAAAAUGCCGUCUGCGUGUCGUUGGGUGAUGUGGAAUUUGAUUUCUCCAACAUUGAUGUUAGUGAUCCAAUCUAUGAGGCCAUUUGUUUCUGUUGUAACGAAGAGAAAGAAACAGCGCAUUAUGGUCACGUGAGUUGCAAUUUCUGCCCAAAAUCAUUCAAAUCACAUCUGAGUUUGGAACGUCAUCUGUACUUGUUGCAUUCGCCAGAGAAACAGCACGCUUGCAUGCAUUGUAAUGCAACGUGCCCGAAUAAGGAGAUACUGGACGCGCACUUGUUGAGCCAUGGCACUGGUAAACCGUUCUCGUGCAGUUUCUGUGGCAAAGAUUUCACACGAAAAUAUCACUUGGAUCGACAUCUUUUGUACACAAGCUGUGACAAAUCACGGAAGAAACAAGAAACCGCAUGUCAUGUGUGCGGCAAACUGUUCAGCCGAACCGACAACUUGCGCGAACAUCUCAGGGCUCACAUCGGACAAUCGACACGGAAACGUGACUAUCAGUGUCCACAUUGUGAGAAAUCGUUCUAUGGCUCAUCGUUGCUGAACAUUCACAUCCGGACGCAUACAGGUGAAAAGCCAUUCUGUUGUGAUUUGUGUGAUAAAUCAUUCCCGUCGAAUGGUGCUCUUCGAAAGCAUCGCCGAUCUCAUACCGGUGAGAAACCCUACACAUGCCAAACGUGCGGCAAAAGUUUUUCGGCUAAAGAAACACUGAAUCGUCACAAUAAAACACAUACCGGCGAGAGACCUUACGCAUGCACCCAUUGCGAUAAAAGUUUCAUACAGGCGACUCAACUUCGAUCACACAUGUUCCAUCACACCGGCGAAAAUGGAUUCACUUGCGAACAAUGCGGCAGCAAAUUCAAUCGCAAAAAUCGGUUGAUAACACAUAUGCUAACCAUUCACGCCAAUGCUGCCUCCAAUAAAAAAUCAAAAGAUUACAAGUGUUCAUUUUGCGAAAAGGCUUAUUCAUCGAAGACCUCACUGACUGCACACGUGAAAACUCAUCAGGUUGAAGAGCCAAACAAGUGUAAGCUUUGCAACAAAGAAUUCAAGCAAGAAAGUGCCUUCAAGCGUCACAUGGACACCAAGCAUCCACUCAUGGAGAAAAUCGAGGAAGAAGAAGCAACGAUUGAGAUUAUCAAAGAGGAUCCAACCAAACCAAAUACGUACAAAAUCAUUUGCACCGGUACAGACGAUAAAAUGGUGGACAACAAUUAUGAAAUUCAAACGAAUAAUGCUGGCGAUACAAUACUGGAGAUUUAUGAAUUCCAAGAUGAUGAAUGCGACGAAAAGCCAGUCCGUACGGCACUCAUUCCAUUGACUGAUGACGAUUUGAAGGAAAAUAUUGCGCGAUUGCUUAAAACAGUCGUUGAUGAAGACGUAUUGACCAAAUUCGGAUAUCCGAAGACACCCAUCGAAAAGGUCCUGAGUUUAGUUAUCAACCACUGUGGCCAGUCGCCAGUUGACAGUUCCACUUGUCCAGAUGUAGGCAGCAAACUGCGUGAAAAUGUUAAACUGCUCUUCACAUCGGUCAUUGAUGAUGAGUCGAUCAAGGAGAUGCUCAACAAUCACUCCAUUGACGAGGUCAUUUGUCAUGUUAUCAAGCUCUCCGAAACCAAUUAAGCAGCUUCCAUCCAUACACCAUAAAAUGUAGAGAUUUUUCAAAGCCUAGAGGGAUUGAUAAGUCGAUUUUUUUUAAGACAUGGUCGAUCUAUUGAUCAACCGAUUUGUUUUGAAAACGGUUUUUUAUACAAGUUCUAUACAAAUUAUAGUAAUUUUAGAAAACAGUUUCUAUUUUUCCAUUUUUGAAAUAUUCGAACGUUAUUUACUGAAUUUCUACCGUAAAACAAAUCAAAUAAAUAAGAUGUUAAAACGAAUAAUAAUUUAGCAUAAAAUAAAAGACUUUUUUGCAUUA